CCGCCGCUGCAUGAGACACGCGCGGUUUGCUCCCUGCAGCCGGGAGGAGGCGGAGGAAGAUGCCGGGGAAGCUGAAGGUCAAAAUCGUGGCAGGGCGCCAUUUGCCGGUGAUGGACCGCGCCAGUGACCUGACCGACGCCUUUGUAGAGGUAAAAUUUGGAAAUACAACAUUUAAGACAGACGUGUAUCCCAAAUCACUCAAUCCUCAGUGGAAUUCUGAGUGGUUCAAAUUUGAAGUUGAUGAUGAAGAGCUACAAGAUGAACCUCUCCAAAUCACAGUUCUUGAUCACGAUACCUACAGUGCUAAUGAUGCCAUUGGCAAAGUGUACAUCGAUAUUGAUCCUUUGCUCUACAGUGAAGCGGCUACAGUUAUUUCAGGAUGGUUUCCCAUUUAUGAUACCAUUCAUGGUAUACGUGGGGAGAUCAAUGUGGUUGUGAAAGUAGAUCUCUUCAAUGAUUUAAACAGAUUUAGGCAGUCAUCCUGCGGAGUCAAGUUUUUUUGCACUACAUCUAUUCCUAAGUGUUACAGAGCAGUAAUAAUUCAUGGAUUUGUGGAAGAGCUUGUAGUUAAUGAAGACCCAGAAUACCAGUGGAUAGACCGAAUUCGUACACCAAGGGCAUCAAAUGAGGCUAGACAAAGACUUAUUUCACUCAUGUCAGGUGAAUUGCAAAGGAAGAUCGGCUUGAAGGUGCUUGAAAUGAGAGGAAAUGCUGUUGUUGGUUAUUUGCAGUGUUUUGAUUUGGAGGGAGAGUCUGGACUAGUAGUGCGAGCCAUAGGAACAGCCUGCACCUUGGAUAAAUUAAGUAACACAUCAGCAUUUUUACCUGCAUGUAACUCCCCAUCCAAAGAAAUGAAGGAGAUUCCCUUCAAUGAAGAUCCCAAUCCCAAUACUCAUUCAUCAGGACCCUCCACCCCUCUGAAAAACCAAACCUAUUCCUUUUCACCUUCCAAGUCCUACAGUCGACAGUCCUCUUCUUCUGACACAGAUUUGAGUUUGACACCCAAGACUGCACCUUCCCCACAGGGAUCUAGGACUUUCCUGUUUCCCAGCUCCCCUACACUCUCUUGUGUCUCCCCACAUCCUAAAAAGUCCAGUCUCCUCCUCUCGGGGUCUAGCCUUAACCCUCUACACUCUAGCCAUGUCAGUCCAGUUGUUCUGAGGAAAAGUGUUUCUUUCACUGAAGAGCUGCUUCUGGCUGCCUCUGGAAUGGGCAGUGGGAGUGCUGGAAAAGAAGGGGGGCCAUUUAAAACUCUCUUAAGACAACAGACUCAGUCAGCUCUGGAACAAAGGGGAGGAUCGCCUCAUAGGUUCUGUAGAAGGCGGGAAUUUCCAUUUUUUACCCUGACGACCUUUCCACCAGGCUUUCUUAUCCACGUUGGUGGUGUUGUCAGCGCGCGGUCUGUGAAGCUCCUGGAUCGUAUUCACAAUCCUGCCUUUGUCGGAAUUAUGGGUAACACAAGAUCAUACAAACUGCUAGACUGGAAUAGUUUCAAUUCAGAUGAACCAGAGACACGAGAUGCAUGGUGGGCAGAAAUCAGACAGGAAAUAAAAUCCCAUGCCAAGGCAUUGGGUUGUCAUGCUGUAGUGGGCUACAGUGAAUCAACUAGCAUUUGUGAAGAGGUCUGUAUUUUGUCCGCGUCUGGCACAGCAGCUGUACUGAACCCUAGGUUUCUUCAGGAUGGCAUCGUGGAAGGCUGUUUGGAACAAAGGUUGUCAUGGCAGCCUGGCUUCUUUUCCAUAGGAAUUGAAGAGGCUUCACCACCAGGAUGUGGAUUUUGCCAUAUACCAUAUGAUGAAUUGAAUAUGCCAUUCCCUGCACACCUCACUUACUGUUACAACUGCAGGAAGCAAAAAGUCCCUGAUGUUCUUUUCACCACAAUUGAUCUUCCUGUAGAGGCAAUAGUUAUUGGAAAAGGAUGUCUUAUUCAAGCCAGGUUAUGCCGUCUAAAGAAGAAAGCUCAAGCCGAAGCCAACGCAACCUCUAUCAGUAAUCUCCUGCCAUUUAUGGAAUAUGAAGUGCACACCCAACUGAUGAACAAACUUAAACUCAGAGGAAUGAAUGCUCUGUUUGGGCUGAGAAUUCAGAUCUCUGUGGGUGAAAAUAUGCUAAUGGGGUUGGCAUCUGCAACAGGUGUGUAUCUAGCAGCUUUGCCAACACCUGGUGGUAUUCAGAUUGCUGGGAAGACUCCAAACGAUGGCACUUACGAGCAGCACAUAUCUCACAUGCAAAAGAAAAUAAAUGAUACGAUAGCAAAAAACAAGGAACUCUAUGAGAUUAACCCUCCAGAGCUACCUGAAGAAAUCAUUGGGUCUCCUAUUCCAGAGCCAAGACAACGUUCCAGAUUAUUAAGAUCUCAAUCAGAAAGCUCUGAUGAAGUCACAGAACUAGACCUUUCACAUGGGAAAAAGGAUGCUUUUGUCUUGGAGAUUGAUGAUACAGAUGCAAUGGAAGAUGUACAUUCUUUACUGACAGAUGUUCCACCACCUGCUGGUUUUUACAGCUGCAACACAGAAAUUAUGCCUGGGAUAAAUAACUGGACACCAGAAAUACAAAUGUUCACAGCAGUAAGAGUAUCCAGAUUAAGCAAUGUUAACCUCACAAAUCAAACACUUAACAAGAACUUUAAUGAUCUCUGUGAGAAUCUAUUGAAGAGCUUGUAUUUUAAACUACGCUCAAUGGUUCCCUGCUGCCUUUGUCAUGUAAAUUUUACAGUUGCACUACCAGAGGAUGAGAUAGUUCAGAUUGCAGUUACAGCUGUUGCAAUUACAUAUGACAAAAACCAAGCAUUACAAACCAACAAAGCCCCAGCAGAAAAAUCACAGCAAAGAGCAUCAACAGACAAUGAAGAACAGCUGCAGUUUCCACUGGAACUUUACUCUGAUCCCCUUGCUUCUCAACCAUUCUCACCAGCUAAAGAAGUCCUGGAGGGCACAAGUUCCCACACAGGUAUUCCUGCUGCUCAGAGAGCAACGUCAAUUGAUUACAGUUCCUUUGCAGACAGAUGCAACAGCUGGAUAGAGCUCAUUAAACUGAAAGCUCAGACCAUAAGGCGCGGAUCAAUUAAGACAACUGCCUCACUCGAUAAAGCAAGUCCGUUGGCUGAGGGAUACUUGCGGCACCGUUCUGUUCCAUCAUGCACCAACUCUACUGUCUCAGUUGUUAAGAUGACACCACUCUCUUUUCUGCCUGGGGCAAAAAUAACCAAAUACCUUGGGAUAAUCAACAUGUUUUUUAUAAGAGAAACCACUUCUUUGCGUGAGGAGGGUGGUGUCAGUGGUUUUCUCCAUGCUUUUAUUGCUGAGGUGUUUGCCAUGGUGAGAGCUCAUGUUGCAGCUUUAGGGGGAAAUGCUGUUGUCUCAUACAUAAUGAAGCAGUGUGUUUUCAUGGAGAAUCCAAACAAAAAUCAGGCUCAGUGUUUGAUAAAUGUCAGCGGUGACGCAGUCAUCUUUGUCCGUGAGUCCGAGUUAGAAAUGUUCCCGGUACAACCUUCUACUGUUGUUUCCCAACCCACGAGUUCUGGAGGAGAUGUCACAACAUGAAGACAGAGAAAGCCAAAUACAAAGAUUAUUUAAAAUGUGGGAAUGUUUAGGUUUGCAUCUUCAAAAUCAAUGUCUCCCCCUAACAACUGUAGCCAAAGUUGAAGACAGUCACUCUGCCUUGUCCUUUAUGUAAUGGGUCAGGGGUGCUCUGAUUCUGUUGUUAUAUUUACAGGCCCCUGUGAAACCCAGACAGUAAAUAAAGUGCUGGUGUGAGUGUGUGGAUUACAGUAGGUGGCAUCACGUGGAACUGUGAAGGGAAACACCAGUUCUGUUGCAUUUUUCAGCAGUUUGACAAGACCACAAUAAGUUGAAAUUUGGAACUGGUUUUGAGUUUGUGUGUUUGCUUCUCAGCUCAGUUUAAAAAGUAAACAAAGUUGGGGUGGGUUGCAGGUAACUGAGAGGCCUGCAUUACUCAGCCUUUGCUGAAGGGCCAAGGGAUUUGGGUGCAGGCUAAAUAGAAACAUGGACUCAAGUUUGGGCUUACCUUAGAUCAUAGAGAGAAGCACUAAAAAGUCAGUUGGAAUUUCUGGACACUGAAGUCGUUGUCAGCAGUUUUGGAGCUGCUGGUUUAUUUUUUUCUUAAAGCUAUUACUAUGCAGUGUGCUUUGGGUCAGUGUUUAAGCAGGAGUUCUUGUUGGGGUUGUGUUUAAAAAGUGCUAGACCAUGAUGCUGUCUUCCCAGUCAUCCCUCUGGUUUAAAAUAACAAAAGGACAAAAACCUGUCACAUGUGUUUGGUGCUAUUGGAAGAUGUUCACUCCAAGACUGACAGAGCAGUUUAUUUUUUUACUUAUUUUUUAAUGUUGUGAUAAAACUGUUUUGAGACUCAUUUUCUUCAGGCAUGGCCUCUUGCAAGAGUGGCAGACAAUCCUCCAGAAGUCACUUCUACAGACUCCUUUCUGUUUAACAAGUUGAAGUGUCUGUGAACAUUAAGUCAUGUUACAACUAAACAAAAAGAUGACUAAUAACUGACCAGCUGCUUUUUAUGUUGUAAAUAAUCAUAAUCCCUCAGUGCUGUUCUUUCUUUCUGCAUAGGGAAACUCUUUUAUUUGGCACGGUAAGGAUAAAAAACGUCAACAACCGAACCAAAGGUUGCAAAGCUUCAAUUGUAAGUUAGUAGUUGUAAGGAAGGAAGCCAGACACCAAUGGCAUAGCAAAAUUAAAACCAGACAAUGCACACACAGCCUAAGGAAAAGGUUGUUCCCAUGAUCAGUAUCAUCAGAGCCUUCUACCUGCAACAUAAUACAUACAAUUAUUGCUCAAAUCGUAAUCAGAUUGCUGGAAAUCUUAUCUCAAGUUCUGUUGUGCUCUUACAGUGUGUAAAGCCUCACUAAAUGAUGAAGCUUUGAUGAACACAUUUCACACUGUAAUUUUUUUAUCAUCUCAUUCCAUGCAGAUACUUAAAGAUCUGUAAUGUCCUGUAAACUCUGUCUGCUUUCCAGUAGUCUGUACCGAUUGCUCCUUCAGCACCACUGUGUUUCUCUUCAAGUAGCAUUAAACACUGUGAUGUCUCCAGAGUCCUUGUUCCAGCAAGUACAUGCUUAUGAGGUCUGAAAGCUCAAACUGUGCUUCAUCUUCUUCAAAGUCUCUUCAAAGAAAUCUGAUGGUUUGCUAUUUCUCAUCUUGCUGGCAGACAUGUGCUUCACCUUUCUGGCCCGAAUUCUCCAACAGGCCUCAGCAUUACAUCUUUUGCUAAUGUGGUUAAAUCGCUUCCACCUGUCAUUCCAGUUAGUUGUGCCAACUGGUUUUGUGUCAGUGGACUUCCUUGCUUGCUUAGAAGAGAUUUUAACAGAACCAGUUGUGCUUCUUCAUUUGGUAAAGACACAUACCCAUCUCUGAACAGCAUUAUCAAGCUCCUGUGGCCUGUUUGUUGCUCCCAUCACAAGUAUUCCGUCCUCUCCGAGAGACUGCACACCAUCAAACUGUAUUAAAAAUUCUGGGUUUAGAUGCCUGCUAGCAUCAUGUUCACCAUCUCAUCUUUCACACAGAUGGCAAUCAAAUUAAUCAAUAAAAACUACAGAAGGCUGAAGUUUUCUGGCUGCUGCAGAUAGAGCAUGAACCAGUUUGUCCCCUUCACCCACAUAUUUUGAAGUUAGGCUUGCUGCACUUAAAGUAGCAUUUAAUUCUGCAGCAACUGUCUCGACCAGUACUGCCUUCCCAUUUCCUGUUGGACCAAACAGCAGUAAUCCACGUGCAGCAGUUGUAAGUCCUGUAAAUAGGAGUAAGUAACUUCUAAGAGAAGGAAGGAUAACAAUUCCCUGCAAGGCUUGCUUAGCCAGCAUUUGCCCUGCGAUAUCAUCAAAUCUUGCAGCUGGUCCACUAUCAGCAACAUCAUUCAGGAUAAAAUUAGCAAGAUUACUGUCUGCAUUUCUGAAUCUUUUCACUUCUUUUUUCAAGGAGCAGUGGAAAGCUUAAUCUGUUGUUUUUAGCAGUAGCCUAUGACUUGAAGCUGUAGGACUAGGUGUUGGUCUUGACACAGGUAUCCCACUGCAGCGAGGUGUUCUGUGGUGACCUCAAAGGCCUGUGGAUCCAGUUUUCACAACAGUUUUGGAGUGAGGAGGAGAGUUACUAGUAUGUGUUAAGGGAUCCUUCUGUUUUGGAACUGCUCCCCUUUCUGACUGGAGAUGUCCCUUGCAGCAUGUCAGGUUAGUACUGUCAUUAGAGACCUCAGCCUGCAAAACUGCCUGCAGCUUCUCUGAAAAGCUGCAGGCAAUUCUUGGCCAUUGCCAAAAUUCUCAUCGUUUUAGCUGGCAGGCAUGGAGUCCAUUCACACUGAUCACUGUGACCAGCUACUGAGAAAGCUGUUUCUUUUUUCCAGUUCUUCAAUUCCUUAUACCAUUCAACAGUUCAUUCCUUUUGUCCUGCUCUCUCAUCCUCAUUGAUGUGCAGCACCAUGGAGAUGCACUCAAAGGCCUGCUUGUGACAGGCCUGCACUGGCUCGGGUGCCCCACUGGGCUUGGGAGCAUCACCAGCCCUGGCCCUGCUGCCCUUAGUGGCCAUAAGGGUGGCAUGGGAGAGACACUUGCAGAGCCAAGCAAAUAACAGGCCCAGCUGGAAAGCAACAAAGCAGGGCGAAGGCGGCAAAGAGCAGGUGCCACUGCUGCCAUCACCCCCAGCUGGUGGCACAGGGGACCCUGGCCCAGGCAGUGAGGAGGGUGAGGCCCUGGCAGCUGGGAGUGCAGAGCUGGAGCUGGCUGAGCCCUUCCUCCCUCUGCCACUUGGAGAAUUCAUUCACCGCCAUUGCCAUCACCUGCUGCCAGGGACUGACAAUAAGCUGUCUGGCCAGUUGGAGAUCGUGUGCUUGUGCUGCUGAUUACUACAAGUUGGUACUGGGUUUUGUUUGCGUGGUUUGGUUUGUUCUCUGGGGGGUUUUUUUGUUUGGUUUGGGAUUUUUUUCUUUAAUCAUUUGGGUUUUUUGGUGGGUUUUUUUGUUGUCCUCAGGUGGUUGGUUGGGUUGGGUUGGGUUUGGGUUUUUUUCCCAGUACAAUAGCUGGGAAACAAGGAUACAGCAAAAGAAAGGAAAUCUGUGAUUUCCAGUAAAUGAGAGAUGGUGAUAUUUUAAUGUAAAAAAAACCCAGAUUGUGAUUUGAAGAUGCAUUCUUACUUAAUUCUGACAAUACCAGACUUGGAACUUGAACAAAUCUGUAAACUUGAAUGUAAAUAUGCUGCUUAGUGUUGAAAUUAAGCAACAGCAUGAUUAUUUGUUCAAACGAAUUAUCUCAUUGUAAAUGAGCAUGAAAAAUCAUUCUUGCACAAUAAAUUUUCUUUGUAAAA